UUUCACUGCUCUCUUCCCCCUCAGAGAAAAAAUUUCACACGCCAAUAAAACCCUAAACUCCGUUACGCUGUCUCCUCCCCCCUCCCUCUCUCUACAAAAUUGUAACUCAAAUGUCUCUCAUCAUUGAAGAACCGGAGCGAUUCCGGCAAUUCGACGUGGUCAGCGACCACUCCGACCACAGCUACCUCAACUACUGGAACAAACCCGCCAAGAGCAAAAAGGGCAUUAGUACUACUAAUAAUAACAACAACGCUAAUGACGCGAAAACCGACGGCCCGGAUUGGUUUGCAAACCCGUCAAGCGGGGUCCACAAGAAGAUCAUCAAGGAGUGGAAGGUACUGGAGAGAAACCUCCCGGAGGACAUCUACGUGCGGGUCUACGAGCGCCGCAUCGAUCUCCUGCGGGCGGCGAUCGUGGGCCCCGCCGGCACCCCGUACCACGACGGGGUGUUCGUGUUCGACGUGGCGUUCCCGCCGGAUUACCCGGCCCGGCCGCCGCUUGUCCAUUACAGGUCGUUUGGGAUCAGGAUCAACCCGAACCUGUACGCGAACGGGAAGGUGUGUCUCAGUUUGCUUAACACGUGGUUUGGCAGUCGGAAUGAGAAGUGGAACCCAGGUGAGUCCACAAUGCUUCAAAUCCUAGUCUCAAUCCAAGGCCUAGUCCUCAACAAAAACCCAUACUUCAACGAACCGGGUGCUGGUCUCUUCACGGGUCGAAAAACCAAGAAAUCCAUGGCCUACACCGAAAACACCUUCAUCUACUCCUGCAUGACCAUGGUCUACUUGCUCAAAAAACCCCCCAAGAACUUCGAAACAUUUAUUUCGACCCAUUUUCGAGACCGAUCAACCCACAUUUUAUCUGCCUGUGAUGCCUACAUGAACUCUAGAGCUGUGGUAGGGUGCUAUGGGGAAACCGGUUCGGAUCAGGUGUUUAAAGUUUCCAAAAAUUUCAAGGUGUUGAUGAAGUCGUGGUAUCCACAUAUGGUGGUGGUUUUUAAAGGGACUGGAGCUUCUCUGGGGAGUUUCGAACAGUUGAUGGUUGAGAAGAAAACAACGUCGUCUAAGGGAAAUUAUUCUGAUGUGAAGAAGCAGCAGAAGAAGGAGAAAUCAUCUGGGUUUUGGAAGUUGAUUGGGAUAGUGAAGGGGUUUUUGGGAGUCAAGAAAGUUGGUACUGAAAAGGGGAUCAAGUUGAAUUCUUCUUCCUCUUGAAAAGGGACCAAGGCUUUGGUCCAGUUUCCUAUCCUCCAGUUUUGAACCGAGUCAAUAACCAUGAUUAAAUAUGUUCUUAUUUUGGUCUUUUGUGAGAAGAACAUCCGUGCAAUGAUAUUUAAGCGAAUGGAAAAGAGAUAGAGAGAAGAAGAACUGUCAGGCAAAAAAUUAGCUCGAUCGGAGAUUCAUGGCUAUGUCAAUAGUUCACUUCUGUGGAAGACACAAUGAACGAACUUUUGUGGAAGCCAAAACGAAUUGUCUUCCACAUAGCUAUUAAUGACUGAUAGAGUUAUUAAUGAAACGUUGUGGGACGGGUCAAAAACUGACCACUGGUAAAUUGGACUGGAGCCUGGUUCUUCGAAGAGAGGUGGAAGCUUCAUGGAAGGAGUGGGGCCACUUGGGUAGUUUCUUUUUGCUUUGGUAAAAAUCAAAGGGGGGAAGAGUAAAGUAAAAGACUUUCUUUUUCUGGUUGAACAGGGGAUGUAUAGACUCUAACAAAAGAAGUAAUCAUUAGUGUGCAUAGUUGAGUGAUUGGAGCAAAAUGUGGUACAGCAUUGAUUGAUAUUCCACUAUCUGCUUUGAAUUCAGAAUUCCAGCUCUCUUUUUCU